AUGGAUGAUUUCGCAGAACAGAAUGUUGAAGAGCCGAAGACCACCGUGCCGGCGAAGGUCCAAGUAGGCUUCGCCGACAUUGCCAAGCACUUCGUGCUCAUGGGAUGGACAGCCUUCGGAGGACCUGCGGCACAUGUUGGACUGUUUCAGAAGACGUUCGUAGAACGGCUGGGGUGGAUGAGUGCCGACGUCUUCACCGAGCUUUUCGCAGUGUGCCAGUGCAUGCCUGGCCCCAGCUCUACGCAAAUGUCAUUUGCGCUGGGUACAACCAAGCAGGGUGUUGCCGGAGGGCUUCUCAGUGGCAUUCUGUUCCAGUAUCCUGGGGCUAUCAUGAUGACGAUUUUGGGGUUGACUGCCCACAAUUGGGCUACGCCGCAGGUCAUCAGCGACUACACCUGGUUGGCUGGCUUGGUCGGAGGUUUGAGCGCAGCUGGCGUGGCACUGGUAGCCUCGGCGGCCAUUGGUCUUUGGAACAAGGCGUGCGGCUCUGCAGAUGCCAAGGUCUUAGCUGGAUUUUGCUGUAUCGUCUUGCUGUACUACUCGGCCGAACUCAUCGCGCCAGUUGAACGCAACGGUCGUAAUUGGAUGUGGAUCUUCCCGACUCUGAUCAUCUUUGGUGGAGCUUUCACAUACCUUUGGCGUGGUCCGCUUCCUGAGUCAGACACCCGGGGAGCUCCCACAGCAGAGGAAAGUGGCGUGGAGCAUUUUGGCCUUGGGCCAAUAGGUGGUGCGAUGCUCAUCGUACUUGUGGCACUUGUGUUCGUGGCAAGCUAUGUCCUGCCAUCGGUACUCGAGGAGUCCAGCUUCAAGCGUUUGUUUUGGUUUUCGGCAUUUUGGCGGACGGGGACCGUGAUCUGGGGCGGUGGCCAGGUGGUGCUUCCAUUGCUUGAGAACGAGAUGGUCCCCACGGGCUGGGUGGACAAGUCUGUUUUCUUUGCUGGGCUCGCCCUGGCACAAGCAAUGCCUGGGCCUCUGUUUAAUUUUGCUGCCUUCCUUGGAGCAGCUGCUGGCUACAAGGCUUACAUGACGGUGGGAGAGGGCGUUUUGGGGGCUGUGCUUUGCUGGUUGGGUCUCUUUGGGCCUGGAGUCAUGCUCAUUUUCGGAAUCCUUCCCUUCUGGGGCCAGUUCCGUUCCAACGACACCUACAAACGGGCACUUCCGGGCCUCAAUGCAGCAGCUGUGGGCCUUCUCUGUGCCGCCUUGGUCCAGAUGGGAGCCGGAGUACGAGAGAACAACACGAAGCCGAACGGCCCUAUUCCGAAAGAGGCAUCCACCUGCAUCGGCCUGAUUGCCUUCUGGGGAGUGCAUUGGCUCAAGUUUGCUCACCGGCCAAUACUCACUCAAGUCCAAGCCCCUAUCGUUGUUGUCGUGUGUGGCGUCCUCGGCCUCAUCUCGGGAGCAAUCGAAAUGCGAUGA